UGCAUGGUGAGGGGGCUGAGGAACCGAAAGGCAAACGCUGGAGAGUAGAGGAUCACUUUUCCAUUCGCAAGGGUUGUUGUUGUUUUUCCCACGCACGACUUGUUUCCACUCCCGUGCGCACAAGUACUACUUGAGGACCCGGCGCGCUCCAGCAGACGGUGUUGGGGUGGAUUGCUGACGGAGAACCGCUGAGGCUGAGAGCGCAACCGGGACUCUUUUGGAAGCACUUUUUCUGGUUUUUCACUUCAGAACGUGUCCGAUGGAAUGAGGCGCAGCAGAUCUAUCCUCUUCUGGGUUUUGCGCGUCUGAGUUUCAGUGAGUUUUUUUCCCCGAUUUCUCCUGAACCAUGUACGGAUAACGGAUCAUUUCACGCCAGAACUGGCUGGACUGGACUGGUUGUAAGAACCGGGAUUACCCAGCACUGUGCAGACCAUCUUAAAGCCCGCAUACGGGCCAACGUCUCGGGAUACGCGACAACUUCUCCUCUGGACUCUUAUGGAAGUUUUCCUCAUGAGCCCGCCGUGAGUCCCGCCUGUCUCCCGCAGCCACAACGAUGGGCGCCUUCGUCCGCGCCGCCUGCAGGUCUGCGUUGCCUCUGGGUUGCGCGCUGUUGUUUUUUGGCUACUUCUCCGUGGCCGCGCCGCCCCACGGCCGACGGCUGGUUUGCUGGCAAGCCAUCAUGAGGUGUCAAGCCGAGUCCGAGUGCAAUUACGCGUUUGACCACUACAACCGCGCGUGCGGGCCCGUGCUGAACGGGGAGAAGAAGAAGUGUCCCAGCCACUGCAUCUACUCCCUGGUCCAGCUCAACAUGACCAAAAAUGGCCCGGCUUUGGAGGACUGCAGCUGCGACCAGGACCCCAUGUGCAUGCUCACCAAACGGGCCAUCGAGCCCUGCCUCCCCAGGACUACCAGCACGGGCUGCACGGAGGCCCGGCACCAGUGCGAGAGGGACCCGCAGUGCAGCUCCGCCAUGCACGACUAUUUGCACCACUGUGGGAAACUUUUCAGCGGCGCGACCUGCACCAACGGCUGCAGGAACGUGAUCGCCAACCUGCGCAGAAUCCCCAAGGGCCAGCAGCUGGAGACGUGCGCGUGCGACGGCACGGAGAGGCCCAUCUGCGAGUACGUGAAGAGCAGCAUGAAGGCGCUCUGCUUCGACAGUCCCGACAGCUACGAAGCCAGCGGCGGUUACGAUGACGACGAGGACUACGAGGAGCCCGUGGACCCCCCCUCCCCCGGGCAAAGCACCGGCGGAGCGUCUCUCCCUGGGGGCCGCUGCGCCUUGGCUCUGCUCGCAUCCAUCUUUGCUCUGCUGCCCCUCUUCUAACCCCUCUGCCCCACGACAGACUCUAGUCCCUGCAACCAUAGAUAAAAGUUGCAUCCUCGCAGAUGCAGGUGAAAGUCUGUUUUGCAGCGAUUUUCCCAUGAAAUCGGGAUAUUUCUAUGCAAAAAAAAAAAAAAAAAAAAAAAAACGACCUCAAACGACUUUUCUCAGAUCACUUCUUGUAAAAAAAUAAAAAGGCUCGCCAGGAUUCUGUCAGACUGACAGAACAGACUUGUUUGGGUAAAGAAAAUUCAAAGUUUAUUCACAAGAAUCAGCCAUGCACUGCAUGUCUUUUUUUUUUUUAAUAAACAUGAACUAUUUUUGUAUGACAGCCGGUUGCCAUUACGCACCAGGAAAUCUGAUUUAGUAUUUAACGUCGUUGGACACUUGUACAUAGAUUAGGAGUUUAAGUGAAACAGUAAUUUAUUACAUGUCUCCAGGUUUCAUCCAAAUGUCCAAUAUGUGUAAAAGAAAUACAGUUCCAGCUUUAAAGGGAAGUUAUUUUAACUAAGAGAGUGUAUAUUCACUGUAUAUAUGUUUAUAGCCAAAUAUAGAUUUUUUUUCCAGAGAAUUCUUUAUGUUUUAGGCUAUGAAAGGAUUUAUUCACAGAAAAUAGAUUAAAAAAA